AAACUUCCAACGCACCAGCAUUCGUCCAUUCGACAGCCAGCAUUGAACGAUGGUCGUCGCCCUCCCCGCCUCCCUCCAAGGUCCAGACGGCCUCCAACGCCUCGAGCACCUCGCCGACACGUAUGGCACGCCGCUCCAGAUCUACGACGAGCAAAUGAUCCGCGACAACGCGCGGCAUCUGCUCACGACGUUUCGCGCGCAGUUCCCGUCGUUCACGCAGUUUUACGCCGUCAAGGCGCUUCCGAACCCCGCCGUACUCAAGGUGCUGUACCAAGAAGGCUGCGGCUUCGACUGCUCGUCCACGGCAGAGUUGCACGUUUGCAAGACGUUGGGCGUGCCCGGGGACAAGAUCAUCUACACGUCCAACUUCACGUCCAAGAAGGACCUCGCGCUCGCGUACGACUUGGGCGUGAUAAUAAACCUCGAUGACAUCUCGCUGGUCGAUUCGUUGGUGGAAGUGCGCGGCCGCGUCCCUGACCUCAUGUGCUUCCGACUCAACCCCGGCCUUGGGCGCACGGAUUCCGAGACCAAGUCGAACGUGCUAGGAGGACCCGACGCCAAGUUUGGAGUGCCGCCGUUCCAAAUUGUGGACGCGUACCGCAAAGCGCAAGCGGCCGGCGCCACUCGGUUUGGCAUCCACAUGAUGACAGGGUCGUGUGUGAUGAACAAUGAGUACUGGAAGGAAACCAUCACAGGUUUGUACGAGACAGCCAUGCAAAUCAAGAAAGAGCUCGGCAUAACGUUUGAGUUUAUGAACAUUGGCGGCGGACUGGGCAUCCCGUACCUCCCGGAUCAGCCGCGCGUGGACAUUGCGUCCAUCGUCACGUUGUUGCGGACGACUUUUGACGAGUUGAUGGGUACUCAUGACAAUACCACGCUCCCUACCUUGUGCAUGGAGAAUGGCCGGUACAUGACUGGGCCGUACGGCUGGCUUGUCAGUCGCUGUCAAGCGAUCAAACAAUCCUACGCCAAGUACUACGGGUUGGACGCGAGCAUGGCUCACUUGAUGCGCCCAGGCAUGUAUGGCGCGUACCACCACAUUACAAUUCCCGCGCGGGAACUGGAUCAGUCGCCUCUGAUCACGGCUAACAUUGUCGGCGAUUUGUGUGAAAACAACGACUGGUACUCAAUGAUAAAAGUACCUAAUCCCGGUACUCUAUGAUAAACGUACCUUACGUACCUGUGGUAGGUUUGGCAAGGAUCGAGUAAUUCCGGAUGCCAAAGUCGGCGACUUGUUUGUCAUUUACGACACGGGCGCGCAUUCACACUCGAUGUGCUUUCAAUACAACGGAAAGUUGCGGUCCCCUGAGAUUCUCCUGGCCGCCGACGGCACCCCGCGCCUCAUGUGAGUGGCGUGGUCGUCUACUGAUGCUGAUGCCUUCUCUUAUUGUAGUCGCGAGCGCGAAACGUACGACUCGCUGUAUGGCAACUGCCUCGUCCCCGACGAUUUGUAGCUUGUCGUUGGUGUUGGCAUAUCCAUUGGUACUAGUACUACUAGUAGUAGUACGUAGUACUAGUCAGUUGCUAAAAGUAGUCAAGCACAACAGAAUCAAAUUGCAAUGGGUUAAUACUAGUGUAUACAUAGGCCA